CCAAAGCACCAUUCAUUCCAUUUGGCCUACAAAAAAAAAUCUGACAUGACAGAAUAUAAUCCAAGAUGGACGACGCUUCAAGAAUCUGCAGAGUAUCGUUCGUUCGUUGGUUAUUUUCUUUCUUUUUUUAAACCAACAAUUAAACCAAAUAAAUCUGUUUAAUUAAAAUAAAACAAAACCCAUAAAGUGUGCGCGUUAAAUGAAUUAAAUUUUAUACCCUCAAAUCAAUUGUGAGCAAAGUUAUAAGCCGAGAAAAGAAAAAUAAUAUACAAUCGCGAGUGAACAAGCAAGCAAAAAGCAAAGAAAAAAAAAAGCAAAAGCAAAGAAAAAAAAAUUCCCAUUCAUCCAUCAAUUCGUUCGUUCCUUGGUUACUUUUUUUUUGGUUUUUCAUUAUUUGUCAAAACUGAUACACGGCGAGUUUCUAAUCCAUCUCCAAACCUACACUGCCUGCCUGCCCUGUCGUCUUUUGGUUUUCGUCAUCUCGUCAUUCACGUCGCUGUCGUUCUUUCGCCGCCCAUCAUCGUCCUCUCGUCCGUCAGAGGAAAAAAGUGUUAAAGUAGCUUAAGCCGCUCCGCUUUUGGUUUGUUUUCCUCGGGAAUCCCAAAAGAAACCCAAAUAGAAAACGAAAACGAAUCCUCACAGUUGUCGACGAGAAUCUGAAAAUCCGUGAUCGAGUUUGAGUUUUCUUCUAUCUGCAGUGGAGUGUUUUUCUGGUCGUAGUUUUGUUGAAUGUUGUGAUUUUCAUGUUUGCCGUGGCCGUUGUCCCAAAUUGAGCAAUCCUCUGGGGAAAUAAUUAAAUUGUAUGUGAUAAUCCGGGGAAGAGGAAAGAAGUGUUGUUGAGGAAGCAAGUUUUAAAGUGAAAAUGCCAAAUUGCUUCACAGGAAUUUCCCAACUCUACGCGACAUGAAGGUGAAUGAGAGUUUGACAAACUGCGGAUAGUCCGUCUGUCUGUUGUGCGGUCAUCAUAAAUUUUCAACUCAAAACCAUUGAAUCCACAUCGAAAAGGCUUCUCGCGAAAUUAACAAAAAAAUAAAAAUAAAAAAAAACAACAAAAAUAAAGAAAAAUAAAUUUUACAUUGUCGUUGUUUGCCGUCGUCGUUUUGGAGCGAGAGAGCAGGGUUUAUCUGGGCUGAGCUGAGCUGGGUUGGGCAUUGGGCUGUAUAUCGGUAUCCUGCACUGCAACUGCAAACUGCAACCUCCCUCCUCCGCUGGCACUCGUCGUUGUCGCGCGUCAACACAAAAUCCACUCUAACAAGGACUGAGGAUUAUUAUACUCUGCCUCUUGCCUGCCGCGGACGACCUUUAUUGGAUUAUAAUUAUAUUCACGUUUACGCGUUUUCUGCUUCUCGUCGUAGUCGUCGUAUUUCGGUUGUUAUUCCUCCCCCUGAAGCACUCUGUAGCAUUGUACCAGUGUAGCAGUGUAGCACCCGCAACUUGCAACCCGUUCUCUACCAACAUCCCCCUAUUCCUUCUCUUCUGGCUCGUCUGCUGGUUGAGUUAAGUCGCGUUGAGUGUGCAGCCUCUAUUGGGAUUAAAUAGCUCGUAUUCUCGUACGUCGUUGCCGUCGUCGUCGUCGCUUGCACCUACCAACCUACCUACCUACCUUCUUGAUUCACCUUGAUAUCUGCCGUUUCAAAUUCGUCGUUACCGUCGUCGUAUCCGUUGUCGUCAUCGUCAUCGUUUUCGUUGUCGUCAUCGUCUCAUUGUGUGAUCUGAUCCGAAUCUCCAAGACUACGCACAUAUUUUGGGAUUAUACUCUCGAGAGACAAGCUGAAGAGAUUAAUCAAAGGGGUAAUCGAUGCGAGGAAUCUACUUGAGUCGACGACAACGUUGAAGAUUUUGCAUUAAAUAUCUUUGAGGAUAAGAAGAUACAUCGAGAAAGAGAUUAUUAUGGAAAAAGCGAAAGCAUAUAUAAAAAAUGAAUUACGUGGGGGUUCCUUAAUGCAAUCGGAACCCCCGCCACCACAAUCACAAUCAUCCGCCGCACCAGUAGCAUCAUCGUUGGGCCAAUCACAUUCGUCUUCUUCGAUAGCGGCAUCAGUACCGCCAACACAUAGAACGUCUCCCCCAGAAAGUCAACACCAACAGCAACAGCAGCAGCAACAACAGCAACAGCAACACCAUCAACAACUUCUUCAACAUCAUCAUCAUAUGCAACAACAACAUUAUCAACAACAACUUCAACAACACCAUCAUCAACAGCAACAACAACAUCUGCAACACCAACAACAACAGCAGCAACAACAACAACAACAGCAGCAGCAACAACAGCACCAGCAGCAGCAACAACAGCAGCAGCAACAUCAACAGCAACAACAACAGCAACAGCAACAUCAUCAUCAUACAAAAUCCAAUAGCAGUAGUAGCCACAACCUCACAACUCCUGAAGUCAUACCGCUCUGUUAUGUGUGUGCAGGUCAAGGAGGCUACGAACCCAUACGAGUUCGUCCUAACCCAGAAAGACUAUCGGAACCAUAUUUUCCGUUUUUAGAGCGUCAUGAAGCGCCAGUUGGAGUUCCACAGUUGCAAGCCACGCAACAAUAUGUUAUGGCUUGCAUGCUCUGUUAUCGGUCGUUGACCGAACAGUGGGAUGCGUAUGAGAGGGAGAACAAACCGAUUCUCCAGCGGAUAUAUCACAUGAAACGUCUGGAUGGGAAGAAUUACAUUGGAGCUGACAUCGCCACCCAAGGGGAGUAUGCUGCCCAGAUGUUGGGACUUAGUGCUGAGCACUUGACUACAUCUGGUGGAGACCGCAGUGCCGGUGACCGAGGUGGAGGAGAACGAGGAUCCAGUUAUCCACCGUCAGGGUAUUCUUAUCCAAAUUCCGUGCAACGACCAAUGUCCCGAGAUUACGGACAACAUCCGAUGGGAUUGCAUGCGUCUCCGCAACCAGUUACCCAGCAGCACUCUGCUACGACCUCACUUCGCAACGAUUCCCCUCAUCGUCCCACGUCCCGUAAUGACUCACCGUCACAGCACCAACAGCAGAAAGUUGACUACUAUGGAAAGAGUCCGUCGGUGAGUUAUCCGCCCGGACAGCGGCCCUCAAGUCGCAAUACCGAAAAAUCCCAUAGUCGUCCUCAUUCCCGAGAAAAUCCCCACCAUUCGUCGUCGCAACAUCAAUUGUCCGCCCUGUCGCCUCAGCAGCAAAUAGCUCGUCCCACGUCGGCGCCAUACGACGGCAUCAACAUAAAACCGUCCUCGUUUGCCCAUCAUAAGCUCAAGCUGGGCCAGAUCUCCUACAUGAAUUCGAUAUCGGGGCCAAAUUACCCAUCCCAGCAACAGCAUCAUGCUGCUGCAGCAGCAGUCGCUGUCCAACAACAACAAUACCAACAGCAUCAGCAACAACUCCACCACCAACAGCAACAUCAGCUGCACAUGCAGAUACAACAGCAACACCAACUCCAACAACAGUACCACCAUCAUCAGCAGCAGCAGCAACAACAACAGCAGCAACAACAGCAGCAGCAUCAGCACCAACAGCAGCAACAGCAACAACAACAGCAGCAACACCAACACCUGCAACAUCAGCAACACAUGCAGCAAUCCUACCAUCAUCUUCCACCGCAAACAUCGCCUCAUGAAUACGGCAGCAGCAAGUCGCAACCUUACGGAUCCUCCAGCAGUGCUGGCAUUCAUCCAGCACCUCCACCGCCCGUUCCAAGCGCCCCAGUGGCGCCACCGUCAUCAGCAGUCCCUGCCAAUCCCACCGAAGAUGAAACAGUUCUGGACUUACGGAAUUCACAUCAUUCUUCGCCAAUCGUUCAACCACCAUCAGCAUCACGGACACCAACGUCACAACACGCCUCCUCCAAUACCACGCCCAAUCCGGUCGAAGUCGGCAUCCUCGAUUUAUCGAUGCCCGAUAAAAAUUCAACAACGGAAGUGUGUUAUGUGUGCGGUGAUGAACAGCGUCGCGGCAGUUUAAUCGAACUGAAUACAUGCAAACCGAAAGAAUUGAAAGAUCGCGAUCGUCCGUAUUUUACGAUAUUCAACGAAACCCAUCCGCGUCCGGCCAGAUCGCGACCCAAAGAUCCACGUGGAAUGAUCCAGGCGUGCCGAUUGUGUCAUGAUCAUUUAAUGCAACAAUGGAAUAAUCAUCAGGCAACUCGUGCAGCAGAAAAUGAACGUUUUUAUUCGCUUAGGAAGCGACCAGCACCAGUGGCAGAACGUACAACAUUUGUUUGUUAUACAUGUGGCGGCGAUACGCCAUCAUCUCAAUUACGCUUAGUCUAUUGUUGUCAAAAUGGUGAACGCGAGCCUUAUUAUCCUUUUAUCAAAACAAUGAAACCAUUUAAAAAUGCUAGUCCCAUAAGUCCGCAGGGCAUGGUGCAAAUAUGUUCCUCGUGCUAUGAUAAGCACUCACAUUUAGCCGAAGGUGGUACACCAGCUAUAAGCAGCAUAGACGGUCUAAAUAACAGCAAUAGCAGCGGCAGCGGUUUGAUGUUCAAUUCAAGUGGUGCCGUUGUAAGUGGCGGCAUCAGUACUGGCAAUCCAAAUGUCACCAGCAUUUGUAGCGGUGGCGCUGGUGGCGGUUUGGGUGGCGCUGGUGGCAAUGUUGGUGGUCAACAAAUCAUAACACCAACAGGUGGCAGUAGUGGUAAUGGUGGUGGCGGCGGAAAUGGUGGUCGCUAUACGCCCUCAGAAAAAUCACUAGCCAACUCUGAUUCAACGAGUAAUGUUAGAUUUAAGCCCUACGAGUCCAAUUCCAAUAACUCCUCAUCGGCAAAUCGUGAUCUUAAACCAUACAGACGUGAUUCCAGACCAAAUACACCUCCAUCGUCCCAAGGUACCAUUGAAAAUGGUCAUGGGCAGUAUCCUUGCUACAUUUGUAAAACACUUUGUGCAACAAACAAAAUGGAAUGGCUGUCGACCAGUGCCGAGCACAUGAACUCCCAUGCAAUGCAUUUUCCAUGUUUAAAGGGCAGCAGCAGUAAUAGUGAUCCAGCUGGUACUUCAAAUCGGGUAUUAGCAUGCAAGGACUGUGUUAAUCAUUUAGCCCGUCAAUGGGAUACAAUGGAUGCGGAACGUGUUCCAUUGGAACAUAGAAGAUAUAACAUUCCAUCACCAAUGAUGGCAUCUAGUUCACCAAAUGGCUCAAGACACGGUGGCAUGAGCAUAAACACACCACCAUCAACACCAUCGGUUUCAACAACACCAGCUAGCACCUCAAUCUAUUGUUUCCUUUGUGGUUUGCAUUCAGAUUUGACUCUAGCCCGAGUCCUGUACACCAGCAAGGAGGGCAAUCGACCAUACUUCCCGCAUUUACUUAAACAUAAAUCACCGCCAAAUGCUGAGCAAUUACGCUCCGAUUAUUCAGCUUUAGUUUGUACAUUCUGUUAUCAUUCUUUGCUGAAUCAAUGGAGGAAAUAUGAAGCACAAAAUGCAAGUGUGAAUCCAGCUGAACGUAAAUACAAUUGGCACGAUUACAUUUGCCAUUUGUGCGGUAUAACAACGUAUCGGAAACGUGUUAGAGCGUUGCCUGUUAACGAAUUUCCAUUUGUGAAAAGUCGAAAGAGCGACGAUGGUCUUUUGUUGGAAAAUGGAGAGUAUGCGGUCGUUUGUUUGGAUUGUUAUGAGAGUUUAAGACAACAAGCUUCUCAACAUGAUCGAGUUGGUGUUCCAAUAUCAAGACGAGGAUACAAUUGGGUACCACAGCCACCACCGCCUGAAGAUAGUCCUGAUGUUUCUGUAGCCCGGCUGCCGUGUGGUGAAAGAUCUGAUAAAAUACAAAUUAAUACAACACUAAGACCAAUACCAAAUAAAAAGAACAGCUCACCAAAACAAUAUGUACAUGAAAAACCAAGAGAUGUUGUACCACCAAAAGCCGGUCAGAAGCGUCCCGCAACGAGUCCAGCUCCGCUCAUACCAUCGCCGCAUCAUUUGCAAUCACCUUCGGGAGCACCUCCCCAAGUGCAACAGAAUUCCGGCCAUGGUCUCAGUAAUCAUGGGGCAAGUAAUCACAUUGGAGCUCAGUCACCUUCAAUGCAAGGCCAACAACAGCAACAGUCACAACAAGUGUGCGGAGUUCCGGGAGGUCUUAAUCAGCCGUUUGCCUCGGCUCUGCGAAAUCUAGCCAAGCAGGCUGACAUCAAGGAAGAAGAAGAUGUUGUUGUUCGGGAUCGUGGUGGCACACAAGGCGGUGGAGGCGGUGGUGGUGGUAAUCAACGUGAUGGGACGUCGUCAUCUUCUGCCGUUCAAAAUUCAUCCACAUCGCGUGUGCCUUCAACAAAUGAUUCCCGACUUGUGGUGGACAGUCGUCUGGGAAGCAGUCAGGAUGAAAGAUCUGUGGCGAAAAAGCGGUCAGCGCCAUCGCCUCAGCCAGCAGAGAAAAUAGCUCGCCUGAAUUCGGGUCAAUCGGUUGGUCUGCAACCGGAAUUGUUGGCCCGCAGCGGCUUUCAACCAUAUCGAUCGGAUGAACGCCUCAUGCAUCCCGCUGGGCCGUUCCCCUUAGAUGCAUAUUCUCCAUUCGCAGGGCUGCCCGGAAUGCCACCGGGUGCCAUUUUCAAUCCGGCCAGUCUACAAUACUCCGAGCAGUUCUUGUUGGAGCAACGUCAUCAAUUGCUUCGAAGCGGUGUACACUAUUCUCAUCCUCACCAUUCAUUGUACGCCCCAUUGCCAUCACCGUACUCGUCCCAUCUGUAUCCGUUCAUCAGUGUUCCUGUCCUCCAUGAGCGUAUGAAAAUGGAGGAGGAGCACAGAGCCCGCAUAGCCCGGGAAGAGGAACGUGAGCGUGAACUGCUGAGGGAAAAAGAACGUGAGCUCCGCGAACAGAGAGAGCGGGAACAACGUGAGAAGGAACAGCGAGAACGUGAACAACGCGAAAAGGAGCAGCGAGAACGUGAGAAGGAGCAAAAAGAGAAGGAGGCACGUGAACGUGAGAUGCGUGAAAAGGAGCGUGAAGCCAGAGAACGAGAGCGCCUGAUAUCUGCCUCACAUCACUACAACAAUCCUCUUUAUUCGUCGCUGAACAGAAAUAUCCUUGGCCCGAUGUUGCCCCACAUCGGCCUGAGUCUGCGUCCGCAACAGGGUGGCAUGCAUGGCCUGCCCUCUAUGUCGCCCUACCAUUCCAGCAACCAACGUCAGAGCCCACAUGCCGCAAUGGGUCUGAACUUGGGUCUUUCUUUGCCUGGCGUUCCAAACUUACCACACGGACCGAAUAUGCAACACCACUUGCAGAGUUCAGGACUUGCCCUAGGUCAUCCAGGUGCUGGUUUAACACAUCCUAGUUUCUCCGCAGCAGCUCUGGGACUCUCCCAUCACGGGUUGAACUUAUCCCAUCCUCACAUGUCGCCCCAUCAUCCACCGAUCACAGCUGCUCACCAGCUGCCACCGCAUUCGACACCGCACUCGCACGUGUCUACCAACAGUUCGCCCCACGGCAGUCUGAAUCUUACUCAGAGCUCCGCCGGAAAACACUCCGAAGCCACAAUUAUCACAUCCUCGGCGUCUGCAAUGCAGUCUCACUCUUCGCACAGCAUAAAUGCCCAGCCGCCAACAAGCAUUCCGAACAGUAUGUACUAUGCCCAUCACCCAGGACAUCAUGCCGCCAUGCAUUCGGUCAACUCUCUAGCGCCAUCUGCUGCCCAUCAGCAGUCUUCAUCGCUUUCGAUGUCCAUGGCUGCUAUGAAUCACCAUACUUCCUCCUCGGGCGGCAUGAAGUUACCCACACCAACUUCAUCGGCUGGCCAGCAACAGCCCAUGCCACCGAGUACGCACAAUCAAAAUGGCGGCCGUGCAUCGAACAGUCCCCGACAUCCGCUAGAGAAGCCACAAUCCGGACUUGGUCCUUUAUCGGCAGUAGUGUCAGCCAAUGAGCCAACUACCCUCGAUCUCACGGGCUCAAAUUCCAACCACGCCUCCAGUAUCGGUGGCGGCAGCAGUGUUGGAACUCCCGCGAACAACCGUACACCACCUUCACACGAGUUGAAUGGUACCGCCACAACAACAACCGCUACAAUGGUCAGCGAUGCAUCCGAGUCUAGCAAGGAAGCUACUUCUGUUAACGUAGCUCCGACUAGUGGCAGAGGCGGCACCCCCAAUAAAGAUAAUGAAAACAUGAAGAGCUCGCCAAUAGAUGACGCCAUUAAGCAAAAACCGCCAACACCAGUUUCAGCCACUCCUACCACAACCACCAUUGUCAACUCGUCACCGGAAGACGCUCGACGCAGUCCCGAUGAUCAGGCUUCGACUGGUGUGAAUCCCUCUUCAGAUGAAAAACAUGUGAGGCGCAACAGCGGUGAGGAAUCAGCCUUAUGACAUCAUCUAUUCAACAAUAACAACAAUUAACUAAUGCAACAGUAUCUAAGUAAUUUUAGCAGACAUUUGCUAUCAGAAAAACUAUAUGGAUAAGAAUCAUUUAUUUAUUCGAUUGAAUCCUGAAGAAAAAUUUAAAUAAAUCAAAGAAACAACAAUAAAAAUAAAUCCACAUAAAAUUUAUUUCUUUAAAUUAACUUAAAAUAAAAAACCAUUAAGCAAACCAAACAUUAUAAAUUUUUAAAAAAUGCAUAUAUAUAUAAAUAAUUACAACAAAAAAAAUCUGUGUUCUGUAAAUGUUAAUUAUUAUUAAAUUAAAAAAAUAUGAAAUUCAUUGAAAAUAACAUAUUUAAAAAGAAAAUAAAUGUAUUUAAUUAAAACAUGAACAAAAAUAUCUAACAAGAACUUUGUAUUAUAAAAGAAACAAAAAACCACACACACACAAAAAUAUUUGUCAAAAUAAAAUAAUAAAUUUAAAAAAUACAAUUCGUAUAUUUGCAAAGCGAAUUUUCAUGAAAAGACUUUUUAAAAAUUAAAUGUUUAUAUAUAUUUUAAAAUAAAAAACAAAAAAUAAGAACAUAAAACUAAAGCUUAAACUAAAAAUAAUUUAUUUUUUCAACACAAUAUUAUAGGAAGAAUAAACUUAAAAUUAAAAAAGAAUAAUAAUUAAAUUUAUUAAAAUAUAUAAAAUAAGCAAAAAAAAAAGAAAAGAAAUUUAAAUGGACUUUAAAAAAAAUGUGAUUUGGAUAUAGUGUGAAGCGAAUUAUUAUGAAACGGGAUAUUAGACGACAGAAAUUCAAAUGACUAAAUAAAUUAAAUGUUUUAUCUAAAAAAUAUUAUACAAUUCACUUAAUUAUACAUAAAUAUAUAGAAGCAACAUAAUAUUAAUGUAUUCUAAUAAAACAAAAAAUUGAAAAUGAAAUAAAUACAUGUUUCAUAUUCAACCCCAGCCCCAGUAAUAAAAAUAUAAACAAAAAACAUUAAGUGUAUUAUAAAAUAGUAAAACAGCAUGUUUGUAUAGUAAAAACAAAAACAAUUAAAAAAAAACACACACCCACAAAUUCACACUUUCAACUGUCUUCAAAAAAUGUAAAUGUAAAUGUUAAUUAAGAAAAAAGCAAAAAAAAACAAACAAAAAGAAAAUAAUCUUUUUGAAAAAAAAAACAUUAUUUUAAGUUAAUUAGUUUUUUUAUUAUUAUUAUUUAUGUAAAAGUUAAAAAAAUGUCAUGAAUGAAAUUUUUUUCGAAAAAUCUGUGAUAUGAUAUAAAUAUUUAAAUUUAAACAAAAUAAAAUAAAAUAACAACAAAAAAAUGUAUAAGCUAUAAAAUUUAAAAAACAAAAAAAAAAAAUAAUAUAAAAUAAAAAAGUUCACUAAAUCGUUUCAUUUUGCGGAAUUAUCUUUAAUUUUAUGAACAACAAAGAAAAGAAAUGAAGUAAUUAUUAAAGUAUAUCUAUAUAUUGAGUAAUAUAAUUAAUUAUGUUUAAUUUUCAAUAUAUUUAAAAUAGUAUUAUUAUAAUUUUAUAUGAGUUCCAAAUAAAUAAUUAUAAGCUAUAAACAUAAAUAAACAGAAUAUUGUCUUUUUGAAUUUUAAAUAUAUGCAAACGUAAUUUGCUGUACAUGAAAUAAAUUAUAAAAUUUAGAAUUUUAAGCAAACCCGAACAACAUGAAUAAGAAAAUUAAUUCAAAAGUGAUGUGGAGAAUAAAUUAAUUAAAAAAAAAUA